AUGGUCUGUAGAGCAGUUGCAGAGGCGGGAAAUCCGGUUGUGUCCGUCGCAUAUCAAGCGGAUAGUUGGCACAGUCCGCCCGGUGUUCUUACUUUCGAACAUGUUGACAGCGACGGUCGUCAAUUCUACGGGACGCUCCAUCAAGUGAGCGGUUCGUGGGGAACAGUGCAGAUUCACACACAGGAAGCCUACGGUGGCGAGAAUUUCAGAAUCUACACCGGCACCGGUUAUCCGUUCGACAAGACGGAGAUCUGGUUGCCGGCGAUUUGGGCGUUCCAGAACAUGGCACUCCACAACGAGAUGCCACAGACCUUUGAUCAGAUUUUGCAGAAGACGAACGUCUUCCUCGCAGGCUGGAAAUCGGUCUUGGAAAACGAUGGCAAACCCGUGAAAUUAACGGAUGUUGCCGAAGAAUGGGAAGCCCCGUCUGAGCUACCGAAUCAUCCCGAACACGAUACGGUCUCUCUAUUCCAGAAAAAGUUCGGGGAUGCUUCAGUAUAG